AUCUUUGGAGGUUAGUUUUCUUGAUAUACGCGUCUCUUCUCUUUUGUUCAAAUGCUUUUAUUCAUCUCCUAUCACCUCAAGGUCAUUUAGUUAAUUAUUGAAUAAUGGCAACGAGCUCUGGUACAACGAAAACGAAACCAGACAACCCAAACCUAACCAGAUCAAGAUCUCUUGGCAGAAAGCCAAAGCCUGCACCAUCAUCAGAAGCCGAUGGAUCUGACAAGAAGACAGCUGAGAAGCCUGUGCCCAAUUAUCUCAAACCCACAAUCAGCUCCAGACCAGACCCGGUCAAGUUUUUGAAGAAGAACAGCGCUGUCGAAGACAAGCUUCUUCGUAGACGUUCCUUUGAUCGUCCUCCUUCGUCUUUGACUUCAUCAACUUCGUCAACCCAUAAUAAGUCUCUCAACACCUCUCCUGCACGCUCACGUGACAGACCCGUGGUUCCGAGAGAGAAGCCUGCCACUGGUCUGCGCUCUUCAUCUUUCCAUGGAAGCAGCAGCAGAGGCGGUAGAGGAGGCAGCACGGUGAAGUCAGCUCCUGUGGCUUCAAGAGGAUCUCCAGGGGUGAAGAAGAGCGGUCUGAGCGGUGGUAGCUCUUCCAAGAGUAAAAAGGAAGGUUCUGAGAAUGUUCCAAAGAAACCUUUGGGUAAAAAAGAGAUUACCCCGGAAUCUUCUUCUCCUCCUGCGCCUGAACAUAAGGAUGAGGAGGAGAUUGUCAAGGUCAAGACCGAUGUACAAGUUUCUGAGCCGAAAGAAGAAGAUAAAGAUGAGGUUGUACAGCCUGAGGAACCCGGUGAAGAGGAGACCGGUCAAGUGGAUGUGUCCAAAGAAGAAGGUAAAGAUGAGGAUGUACAGCCUGAGGAAUCCGGUGAAGAGAAGGAGACCGGUCUAGUGGAUGCCUCCAAAGAAGAAGAGAAAGGCGAACUGAUCAUCGAGAAUGCAACAGAAGAGCAAACAGAGGAGCAGAAAGAACCAGAGAAUACCGAAGAAAACAACAACAAAGACAAGGAAGAAGUUGAGGAUUACGAGGAGAAUAGCGAGACAGUUGUUACUCCAGUUAUGAAAGAAGCUGAAAAUGUCGAAGAAAGCAAGGAAGAGGAAGACGCAGAAGCUAAAGAAGCGGAGAGCGAAAGCAACAAAGUUGAAGAAGCACCAACAGAAACAAAGGAUCAAGCAGAAGAAUCACCAGAGGAAGGAGCAAAGAAGGAAGUGGUGCAAGGAAAGAAGGAAUCUCCAUCAGCAUACAACGAUGUAAUAGCAAGUAAGAUGCAAGAGAAUAAAAGGAAGAACAAGGUCUUGGCUCUCGCUGGAGCCUUUCAGACAGUUAUUGACUAUGAAACUGCUGCAUCUAAGUGAUAUACAUCUCUGCCUCUAUAUUAUAUCACAUAAGAACUGUGUCAAUUGUUUUUUAAUUGUUUUCAUUGUUAAUUUUGUUUCUUGUUUUGGUU